AUGUUGUUAGAGCGGUGUGGGGCGGCUGAAAAACCGGCAAGUGGAGAUUUGCCAGCUUUUUUCCCUUGUCAUACUCAGACUGCCGCCGUGUUCUUCCAAGACCUUCAGUCCGUCCAACAUCCAUCACCACUUUCUCCAAGCAUGGCGACAAUGUCGGCGGGACAAGUUCAGUCAGACAAGGUGAAAGCGCAGACAGCCAAGCAAAAAGGCAACGAAGCCUUCGCAAAGAAGCAAUGGGCUGACGCCGUCGGACACUACACGGUGGCUCACUAUGCCGAUCCGACGGACCCGACCUAUCCACUCAAUCGAGCCAUGGCGUACAUCAAGCUGGGCAAGUUUGUCGAUGCGGAGCGCGACUGCACAACCGCUUUGGUCUUGUCACCUGACAAUGUCAAAGCUCUGUAUCGCAAGGCGACGGCCCAGGUCGGCGCAGACAAGUUGCAGCCUGCAAUCGAGAAUUUCAAAGCUGUUCUGCAGCUGGAUCCAACGAAUGCCGAGGCAAAGGCAGGUCUAGCGAAGGCUCAGGAGGCUCUUACCUCUGCAGACAGCAAACGAGGAAAGCUGAUAGAUCUAAGAAGUCUGAAAACAGGGUCGCGGUCGGGCGUGGAAGACAGUCCCGGUCAAGGCUCUGAGGGUCUAAUUGCAGACGCGGUAUCACAGGAGCCUGGCAGCUCUGUCGAAGCAGCGAGGAAAUUUCUGCAGCAGGUCGGGAUGUCCGACGAUGAUCAGUCUAUAACGACUGCAUCGCCACCGAAAAGUUCGAGAAGCGCUCUGCCGGCCAGACUACCAGGCGAGACAGGGGGCUUUCUGAGAGAAGUGACAACACGCAAGACCGUGGCAAAGCCAACCUCGCAACGGGAUGAUGCGACGACAGUGCAGUCAAUAUCGGAUGCAGCUCCAACAUCGCCGUCCUUGGCAUCAGCUGAAGCAAAUGGCUUCAAGAAUCCCGUCGCUGCAAAGACAGCAUCGGCGCUCAACUUCGGAGCUGCAACUUCGCAAAGCCCUGUCGUGCCACCACCUCAACAGCCGAGGCGCAUAAUACUGGCAUCACCAGGCAAAAUGUCUGCCAUCGAGUUCCAGCGAAGGUGGAAAAACAAGUCGGAACGACUCGAACUGCUAUCUGAAAUCGAGCCGGAAACGAUACCAGACAUCAUUGGCUCCAUGCUCGAGCCCGAGCUGGUUGGCGAGAUGCUGCAGACGCUAGUCGAGCAACAGCACUCUUCGCCAGAUGAUAUUGAUCUGUCUCGCCAUGUCGCUGGCAUUUUGCAAGCAUUGCCGCGAUGCAAGCGCUUCGGAAUGGCCGUUUGUAUGCUCGACACUGCGGAAAAGGCAAACGCAGCACACCUCAUCCAAGCCAUCGGCAGACCCGAGCUCAAGUCCAUUUGGGAAGUGAGCUGA